UAGCGUCUAGUCAGUGGCAAAUGCUCUUUAAGAAAAAUAAAGACUUUAAGAGUGUCAGCAAUUAGGGGCCACCUGACUGGUUCAGUCAGUGGAACAGGCGACUCUUGAUCUCGGGGUUGUGGGUUCGAGCCCCACGGUGGGUGUAGAGAUUACUUAAAAAUAAAAUCUUAAAAAAAAAAAAGUGUCAGCAAUUAAAGAGUGGCAAGAGUCCGGGAGCAAGCCCAGCCGAUCAGGAUGAUCACAGAAGUGCAGCUCGCCUUCUUCGCCAACGUGCUGGGUGUGUUGCUCAUCCUGCUGGUUGUUCUCUAUCACUACGUGGCUGUCAACAAUCCCAAGAAAUAG